AAAAAAACAUUAAAUAUAAAUUUGAAAACAAAAAUUAAAAGAAUCAAAAAUAGAUAUAUAAAUAAUUUAUUAAUUAAUUAGAUUUAUUAUAUAAAUAUUAUGUCUUAUCGUAAUUAACUUAGCACUCCUAAGCUAUAUAUAGAUACUAUUACUAGCAGAUAAAAGUUUAUGAAGGAAGAUAAUUUCUCUCCUAAGCAUUUAGUUUUUAAGGAUACCAAGCAGUUAAGUCAAGCUACUUCUUUGUAUUAAACUCCAAGAACUGAUUUGUUGAUCGAUGAAAUGGAAGCCCAUGAAUAUCCUUCUUCGUAGAGAUAAGAAUUGAAGCUGAAUGCUUAAAGAAUUACUUGCAAAUAAUUUGUCAAGAUAGAUGAUAUAAUUUACAAUAAUCAGAAGUUAACAAAUGAAAUCGUUUCUUGCAAAAUUUAGAUUACUAAAAUAGGUGCAAUGAAAGUUGAUUUUUCUAUAAAAAUUUCCUUGAUAAAAGGAAUAAAGGAAAAGCUGCAAAAUAUUUUGUAAGAGCAACAAAAAAUGAAAGGAAAUUAUUAAAAACAGCAAUAGUAGCAACAACCAAAACAUAAGAACUCAAAAAUGUAAAAAACUAGCAGAAAUUCUGUUGUUAUUUAGCAUCAAAGCUUCCAUAGUGAUAGAAACGAUAAUUAUAGCUUCUCUAAUAUUUUAUACUCUAAGAAAACUCCAGCAUCACAAUAUUACUCUAACGAGAGAAGUGGAUUCAAGUUUGGAUUUCAUGAUGGUCAAUUUACCUGCUUCAACCCUAAAGGAUUUCGACUUUCGACUAUUAAUAAUUUAAUUCAAGAUUACUUGAAAUAUCGCUAAAAUUAUAACUCAAAAAAAAUGAUAAGCUACGAUAAAUUUGAAGAAACAGAAGCUUAUUAGUAAAAUAACAGGAAAAUUCUAUCAAAGAGUUUCAUUACAAUUACUCCUUUUUCUUAUAAUGGAGAGGAAGAAUUAGAAAGUAGGUUAGACAGUCUCCACUGUAGUGAAAAUAUCUUCGAAUCUCCAUCAAUCUAUGAUAGCAAAAAGUUGAAAGAAUCGAAAUUAGACAGAUAUAGAUAAUUUAUUAUUUAAUUUCACUCUGAUACAAAAGAAAUGGUGAACAUUUUCAAUUCACUAAAAUCCAUUCAAAAUUUUAUUGAACAACAAAUUAUUUAUUCAGAAAAAGAGCUAUCAAUCAGUUAAAAAACACUAUAAGAUCUUUUAUAUGAAGACAACCAAAAACAAACUUAUUUAUUGUAACUGCAAAUAGUCAACUAGCAAAUCAAGGAAAAAGAAAAAAUUUAAAAAUACAUCAUUAAAAAACAAAGGUAAGUCAGUUUCAUGGAUUUACCAGAUAGUCCAAAAGAUGAUUAAAGACUAAAACAAUCAUGCUAUUAUUAAUAACCAACAUCGACUACUAUGUCCACACAAAUAUCUUACCAACACUAAAUGACGCAAAGUGCUAGAUUGCACAAUUAAGAUAAAACUCACCAUUAAAAUAAUUGCUGGCCCAACAAUCAAAGUUUCUAUAUAAAUAACUAAUCAAUCCAAGAUAAUUUUUACAAUACAAACCCAUACUCUCCUAAAUACAAUUUUGCAACUUAAACUAGUUAUCAUAAACAAUUAAAAAAUAAAUCAAAAAGUGAAACUUUUAACUAAUUAUAAAAUAAAUUUGCAAGUGCUCCUUUUAAAAUGUAAAUUAAUAACAAUCCAAAUCCAAAAAAUAGUUAAUUCUACUAACAUAGACAUUAUCCAAUAGUUUCCUAGUUUAAUUGA